GCAGUCACUAUCUCGGACGACGGACCAAAAAAGGAAGUCGUGAAGUUGUUAGAGAAAUGAAGAUUACCGUGAUCGUCUUGUCCGUCGUGGUAGCAUUGUUUGGGGUCGCAAGUGCCGUCCUGGGGUUCAUCGCCGAGGGCACCAAGCUCACGCGGAAUGACAUUGAGGUGUACAGCAACGAGUGCGUGUACCCUGACAACCCGGCAUACGCGCUGGGGUUACUGGCGGCCCUCCUGCUACUGUUGGCCCAGAUCACCGUCUCGGCCGUCGGCGGUUGCUGCGGCCGCUGCAUGCCUCGGGGCGGCGGCUUCUCCAGGUCCAAGGCCGUUGCCAAGUCCAAGCGGGCCAUUGGUGCCGCCCUCUGCGUCCUUUCAUGGAUAACGGCGUUGAUCGCGGAGCGGUUCUUCUUGGUAGGCGCGGCGGCGAACAUCCCCAUGACGCGCCAAACUAGCCAGGGUCGGGGGUGUCACUCCAUCAAGGACGGCGUCUUCAUGAUGGGGGCCAUUCUGAGCAUCGUCGCCACCGUGCUGGGGAUCAUAUCUUACAUCAUGCUUUACGCGGCGGCGGCUGGUGCUACUACUACCAUGGGGGCCGUGGCGGGGCCGUCGUUGGCAGGCGAGAUCAGACUUGACGAGAUCGCGAUCGGCCACCCUGUUGCCGCACAACAACACGGACAAGCUGUGUAG